GACCAACAUGAAAAUGUGAAUUUCAACCCAUGAAGUAUUUGAUUUUUGUAAUCAAAUCUUUAACAAAUAAUAUUUCAGAAACAUCAUACUUCAUAGCAAACAAUUUAUUGUAGUCAACUGAGUGUUUCGAUAGUCGAGUUAUUGUAAAACUAUUAAAAAUGGUUUUCGUAUUUCUUGAAGCGAAAUUAAUGAAAUAUCAUCUAUAAACAUUAUCAAAUCCAGCAAAAAUGAAUGGAGGAAUGGAGCAUAGAACACCUGGUCACAAUGUAGUGCUUCACAAAGCACCUAAAAACUAUAAAUUACUUAUGGAUCCAUUCCUUAUAAAAGGAGCAACAAAAUUGUAUCGUUAUGAUGGUUUUGUUCCUGGUGACCCUACCUAUCCACCAGUUCAAAGUAGAGAUCCAAGGUCUCAGCUAUCCAGAAUAUGGAACAGAUUGGAACCAGCUGAUUUACCUGUACCUAGGUUCAAGAUUGAUAAAAACUAUGUCGGAACGCCUCCUCAAAUUGAAAUUACAAUAGGAAAUUUGAAUGAUAAUAUCGAUAAAGCUUUUUUAGCUGAUAUGAUGAAUAAAGUUGGCCCAUUUGAGGAAUUAACUAUAUUUUAUCAUCCAGUAACAAAUCGUCACUUAGGAUUUGCUAGAAUAGUUUUUCAAGAAGUAAAGUACUCCAGGAUGUGUGUGGAAAAAUAUAAUGGGAAAUCUGUUAUGGGCCAGGUACUAGAAGUCUUCCAUGAUGCAUUUGGUAAAAAAUGUCAAGAGCUCUUUGAAAAUAAGACAAUGGAAAAGAAACCACAGCUGUCAACUAUAAUUCCUAAGCCACCGAUACUAGAAGAAGUGAGAAUUCAAAAACCAUUGGAUCCCAUGCUCACAAAGCGAUUAGAAGAUACAAAAAUUAACGAAAAGGAUUUACCAUAUCCCCGCUACAAAGAUGUGGAACAGAGUGAUAGUAAUACUCGGUGGUCUGAUGAUGAACGUGAGUAUAGACAUCGGCAUCGUAGUAGGAGCGACAGAGACCGAGAUAAAGAUAGAGAUAGAGAAAGAGACAAGGACAGAGACAGGUAUAGAGAAAGAGAAAGAGAAAGAGAGAGGUACGCGCGCAGUACGACGGAUAGUGCUGAGCCCGCUUACACAGCGCCGAGUCACGCCCCCGACGUGUCCUAUACCCCGGCUCCUGCUGUACCAUAUGAUCCUUACUACCAACAGGGGUACGGGUACGGGUACACCGCGAGCAGCACGCCCGGCGCCGUGUGGUGGGGAGACUGGAGACACCCGCAGCACGGACACCACUCACAUUUGGAGGGAGCCACGAGUGGCGCUAGUUGGACCGCCGCCCCCGCCCCCGCCCCGGCUCCCGCCCCCGCGCCGCACCCGCCCCCCGCCGCCGUCACCGCGCCCCCGGAACGCUCGCCCGAGCCGACCCCGGGACUCGACAAUCAUAAGGAAACGCCGUCGGUUGAGAAUAAAGUGAUUGAUGUAGUGGAACCUCAUCCUCCCGAAGACGAGGCAGACGGCAAAGAACCUGAGACGAAGCCUCCACCUCCUGCUGAAGAAUCUAAGAAUGUUGAUCUUGAUACUAGAAUAGCGAUGUUGCUCAAAGGCGCUACCGGCGGUGGGGGGCUCGCCCCUCCUUUCUUGUCUCUAGGAAUGUCUUCGGAAGAAGAAGACGAUGAUAGAUUGCCUUCGAAAAUACCAGAUCUUGAUGCACACAACCCUCCCACUGACGAUGAAGGUUCAGCCAGUGAAGACAGAGAGAGCAUAGUAUCUGUUUCGCAAACAAGCGAAGUCGACCCCGAGCCCUUGUCCACAACACCCUCGCCGUACUUAUCCAGAGAAUUAUAUUUGGAGUGUCUCAAGAUAACCGUGGCUAAGAAAGCGAGACAGCAACAACGCAAGCUACUUCCGGCGAUAGACAAGAUCGGAUCCGACAUAUCGUCGUCCGAAGACGAGCUGCUGACGGGCGAGGAGCCGAGACGCUCUCCGGCCGCGCCGCCCAGUCAAGACCGCGACCAAGACAACUUAGAUGACGAUCAGAUGUCUCUGUCAUCGUUAUCUUCAACGGAGGCUAAAAUUGAAGAGCAAGUGCCCGCAGAGGCGUACUACUACCCACCACAUCCGCCACAUCCGCACUACUAUCAGACGCCGAUGUGGCCUCAUACAGCGUACCCGCCCCCCCCGUACCGGGCGGGCGCAGCGGGCGAGGUGCCGUACGGUGCGGCGCCGGGCUUCCCGCCGCCCGUGCUGCCGACGCACUACGCCACCUACAGCGGCCCGCAGACACAUGCGCAGGAAUUAGAUAAUCCCCACUUUUCAACGAUAAACAGCGUAAUAGAACGAGUCACGGCUGAGUUAAAACAAAUACUGAAGAAAGACUUCAACAAGAAAAUGAUAGAGAACACUGCCUUCAAAAACUUCGAGGUUUGGUGGGACGAACAGAGCAGGAAAAUGAGACAGGUCAAGCCUAAAGAAGAUAACCAACCUUUACAGGAUAUUUCCAAUAAAAAAGAGGAAGCUGUGGAUUCUAUAAAGUCGAUAAUGGAGUCUCGAGAGCUGGGUCUAGAUCUGGGUGGUUACGGUAUUGGUAUAGGUCUGGGCUUGCGCGCUGCUAUACCCAAAAUGCCAAGCUUUAGAAAGAAAAGGAAGAUUCCUUCGCCUGUUCUUAUGGAUGAGGACUCGUCGAAGAGGCUCAGUGAUCAGGAAGAGAUGGUGCAGCAUUCGGACGAAGAAAAAGAAGUUCCGACCAGCCCUAGGAACAGAAGUACAGGAUCAUAUUUGUCUAGGAGUAGGAGACGACAGUCCAGCAGUUCAUCUAGGUCAUCAUCAUCAUCAUCAAGUAGGUCGGAUGAGUCGGAGGAAUCAGAGUCGGAACACAAGGGUCCCGCGCCCCGGAUAUAUUCUGAUACUGAUGACGAUUCAGAACUAGACGAGGCUGAGCUCAAGGUUGUGUCAAAUAAAGAAAGGUUAAGACGUGUCUACUCGUCUUCUGACAGCGAAGAGGAGAGCAGAAUGAGAGAAAAGACUCCAAUACCGCCUGUAGAAGCGUCAGACACGGAAGAGAGGUUAGGAUCGCCCAUCAUGUCUCCUGAAGAACCACGAGAUUUGAUACUGGAUCGAGUAUACUCUGACUCUGAAGAAGAGAGGGAAUAUCAGGAAAGGCGAAGACGAAACACCGAGUACAUGGAACAAAUAGAACGAGAAUUCUUGGAAGAACAACGACAGAAGAUGGAAGUCGACACCCAGCCGCAGCCUGAGAAACCUCCCGACGACAGUACACACGAUAGCAAACCAGAUGCACCCAUAAGCAGUCCAAUUAAGAAUCACAUUAAAUCUCCCGAGAAGAAGCCGGACACGGAAAUCGAAGAUGGCGAGAUCACUUCGGAGGACGAGACGCUCAAAAGUCGCAGGAAGAAGGAACGACGCUCUAAGAAAAUUGAAAAACGACAGCGAGCUAUCUCCGCAAGCGACAGUAACACCGAGACCGCCAAUGGAGUUAAUGGUGUUAAGGAUGGCAGCAGCGCUGUGUCGGAGACGUGGUCGCCGCAGUCACAGACGUCACAAGCGUCCCAGGCGUCACAACUGUCGCAGGCAUCUCAAGCGUCUCAAGUGGCGCUCGACCACUCGUACUGCAGGCCGCCGCCCGACGCAGAACCGAGACUCUCCAACCAUCUGCAUCAUGAUCACGGUUACACAUGGAUGGCCGAACCAGAAAGCACCUCUCCUGUCCCGGAGCCACCGCAAACUGAAUCCAGUAACCAAGAGAAGAGACCUUAUAAACGGAAACAUGAAACCAAAAAAUUAUCUGAGAUACAAAACAAGCUACACGAGCCGGCGGCGGGGGGCGUGCAGUUCGCGGCGCGCGAGAUCAUGGGCGAGAUGACGGUGAUGUACGAGUUCCUGACGCGCGGCAUCGACCGCGAGGACGUGGAGUACCUGCGCCGCGCGUACGAGGCGCUGCUCAGCGGCGACGCGCACGGCUACUGGCUCAACGACACGCACUGGGUCGACCACCCGCCCACCGACGUGCUCUACGGCCCGCCCAGGAAGAAGUCCAAGCGGCACAACAACAUCUACGAGGACCUACAGGGUCACUCGAGUGGGUCGGCGCGGACGGAAGGAUACUACAAGCUGGACGCGAAGAUAAAAGCCAAGUACAAGUAUCACCACGGGCGCACCACCGCCGCCGCGAUACAAGCGCCGCCUGAUGAUAAGAAAGCUUCCAAGAUGCAACUGCUAUCGAGGGAAGCUAGGUCAAACCAGAGGAGAUUGCUCACGGCUUUCGGAACCGACACGGACUCCGAUCUUCUGAAAUUCAAUCAGCUCAAGUUCAGAAAGAAGCAGCUUAAGUUUGCUAAGUCUGGUAUCCACGACUGGGGCCUGUUCGCUCAGGAGCCGAUAGCGGCGGACGAGAUGGUGAUCGAGUACGUUGGGCAGAUGAUCCGGCCCAUAGUGGCGGACGUACGCGAGGCGCACUACGAGGCCACCGGCAUCGGCAGCUCCUACCUCUUCCGCAUCGACCUCGACACCAUCAUCGACGCCACCAAGUGCGGGAACCUCGCCCGGUUCAUCAACCACAGUUGUAAUCCGAAUUGCUACGCUAAAAUCAUAACAAUUGAGUCACAGAAGAAAAUCGUGAUAUAUUCAAAACAGCCGAUCGGUGUCGACGAGGAAAUUACAUACGACUACAAGUUCCCGCUCGAAGAUGAGAAAAUUCCGUGCUUAUGUGGCGCGCCGCAGUGUCGCGGCUUCCUCAAUUAAACUCCUGUACAUAAUCCUCAUAUGUUUUUCCGAUUACAUUAUGAUAUGAUUUCCUACUAAAAAGAUUUUAAUGUAAAAUUAUGAUUUGUCUAUUAAGACUAAUUUCACACGCAAAUUCCUCAGACAUCUACUGUACAUCAUAUUACUGGUGGUAGGACCUCUUGUGAAUCCGCGCGGGUAGGUACCACCACUCUGCUUAUUUCCGCCGUAAAGCAGUAAUGUGUUGCGGUUUGAAGGGUAAGGCAGCCGUUGUAACUAUACUGAUACCUUAGAACUGAUAUCUCAAGGUGGGUGGCGCAUUUACGUCGUAGAUGUCUAUGGGCUCCAGUAACCACUUAACACCAGGUGGGCUGUGAGCUCGUCCACCCAUCUAAGCAAUAAAAAAAAAUCGUAAAUGUAGAAAACGAAUUGUUAAUAUCAAGAUGACGAACGCCACGCUAUCCAUUACAUAAUACAUUAGAAACUUUGACCUCUAGCUCCAAUAAGGGUCGUGCCAUCCUUAUGUCUACGCUCCCUAAUCCUAGAUCAAUACAAAACAUAAGUAAAUAGCUAUUGUUGCUCCCCCUUCGUUACGUUUGGUGCUGUUUUAUUGUAGUUAAUUAAAUCUGUAUGUUAAAGGUCUGAUUCUUUAUUUAAGCCUUUCAAUCUCACGCCUCGUAUUCUUGAAUAAAUGGAAUAAAAUUAUUAAGGGUACUAGAAGCUAAUUUCAACCGAUCAUCUGUAAGCAUGCACCGUUGAUUUGGUACACGAGUAUUGAAAGAUCUUUUAAAAGUUAAUUACGUCACGCUAACCAUUGACAGUGUCCGAUCAGCGCAUAGUGACGGCUUUCAUAGGCAGCGGUGUCCGCUUUCCAUCAGAAAAGCUGCGUGCUCAUCUACUUGCUGAGGGAUUUAAAAGGGAGGGAAAUCGGUAAUCAUUGAAGCGCAUUCGUUGGUUCUUUGUUUUUGCUAUUGGCCCAAUCAGGAGUAAUGUAGACGAACUUUGAUAAACACAUCGUCUUCUCGCCUUAAAACUGUAUAAUCUCAAAACUUACUAAAUUUUCCAGGAUCUUUACAAAAAAAAAAAUUAAUUUUAACAGUUACAUUAUCUGUCUUUUAAAGUAAGAUAAAAUUAUGUAUUAAUUUUGUUAAUAGUAGUCAAAACAUAGUAAACUAAAAAAAAAACUAAAACUAAACUACGCUCUUUUGACAGUAUUUAUGAGAAAAAUACUGGUGAUACCAAUGAUGCUUCCGCAUAUUAUCUCAAUUUCGAAUAUUUUGGAAAUUGUACACUUUUAAUGCGAAAAGACGACAUGUCUACACUCACGCUUGUCUAAUUUAUCUCCAAGAUUAAGAUUUUAUGCCGGACCGUUUUGUAUGUGAACAUGUAUUUUCCGGGCUUUCGUUCCCAAUGAAGCAGACGGUUCUGUGCCGAGAUGAUAUGGUCUUAAUAAUGUCUCGAAUUAGACUAUGAAAAGACUAUUCAUGUGUCUGGUUAUUAUUUGUGAAUAACAAUAGAAGAAUUAAAUUAUAAAUUUACACACCAUUUGUAUAUGUUUUUUGUAAAACCCCAAAAAAUAAAUUGAAAAGAAAACUGAUGAAAUUACUUUAACGCAGCGAUUGUAACAUAAGCUUACUUCUGAACUGUCCACGCCUCAAAUGUUUUUCUUUAGGGUGUGAUUCUUUCUGAAUUGUAAAUUUUACGUUUUUAAAGUGUAGCAUAGCAUCUAAUCACUGCCUUGGUACGUUUACGAGUAAUAAGUUAUAUUCGGAGUUGUGCUUAGCAUGUAAGCAGCUUCAAGGGAAUCUAUUAUCAGUCAAAAGUUUCUAUAAAAUAAUAAAAUCUCAUUGAGAAGGUCGUGUUGUUUAAAAGCGACCCAGUGUAACAUGUAGAAGUAGCCUCAUUGUAUUAUAUUAUUUUGACUGAAUUCUAAAGAUAUGAUUGACUAGCGUAGAACGUCGAAUAACUAACUUGUAUUAUAUUAUGUUGUAAAUUGUUUGUGUAAAAAGAUCUCUGCUGUUACACCACAUAUUAAUAGUACACUAUUAAAGUACAUGAUCUUGUAACGGAGUUGAUUUCGGUAGAAAUCUCUUAUGAUUGGUGUUGUGUAGGUAGGUAUGUUUUAUAAAUUUGGGAAGUUGUUAGGAGUAUAAUAUAUUAUUGGAAAAAAAUAUUAAAUGAACUCGCCAACUUUCUGAAUUCCACUUCAUAUGUAAUUUUAAAUGUAUGUAAGUUUGUAAAUAAAAUAUAAGACAAUUUUAUGGAUAAUGGUUUUUAUGAUUCUAAUAUUGAGUGCGUAAAAAAUAAAAGAUAUAAUUCUGAA